AAUAAAAGUUAAAUAAAAAAUUUAAAAAAAAGGGAAAGAGAAGAUGUAACUAAACUUUUCAGGUAUGACCAGCAUUGGAGUCUAAGGUAAAAAUCAAGGUCAGGGGCUCUGGAAAGUUUGUACUUUUACUUGAUUUUCGUUGUUUUUGGGUAGUUUGGUUGGUUGUUUUCUGUUGGCCUUCGGCUUUAUUUGGUCUGUAAGGAACAGACAGAAGUGGAAUUCCAUUUCUUGUUUCUCUUAGCCUGGAAUUCGAAGCUUCAUUUAAAAGGAGAAAAACAAACUUAAAAGGGAGAGAACAGAAACCAGUGAACCCAGCCAGUAUUUGCCUGAGUGACAGUUCCCCAAGGUGGUUCCCCUCCUCCGCCCUUAGCCAUCUGCUUCCUCUUGGUGACAGUGCAUCACCACCCUCCACUGGUAGCGGGUGGCGCAGUCUGCCCAGGCCGGGACCCCGCAGAGACACAGAGCACGACCACCAAACUAAGGGCUUCAUGGCCAGCCCUGGACUUGGUACUCUGCGGUCUCAGUGGGUGUGGUGUGCAGAGCCGAGCAUUGGCUUUGGAACCAGAUUUACGACAGUCACAUCCUAACUUUCGGACUUCUGUGACAAGUGACCUAUCAGCAGGGGCUUGCUCAGUGUGAGAGGAAGACUGAAGAGCCUCGUGGUCGCGCAGCACUGCUUCCCAGACUGAAAAGAAACGUUGAUACUCAAAUAAAGCUCUUUUGUCUGCCCCUGCCAGUCUGUCAUGGGUGUUGGGAAGUCUAAACUAGAUAACUGCCCUCUCUCUUGGCAUAAAAGACAUAGUGUGGAUGCAGAUCAAGACUGCCGUGAGUCAGAGGCCAAGAACUCUGAGGCUGUGUCCUUGCCUGGUCUUGUGGGGCAUAGCAACAGAGCAGGGCAGCCAACAGGAGAGCAAGAGGGCACUGAGGCAAAAGGGGAAAUGCCUGAGGAGGAAGCUGAAGAAGAGUUCCUCAAAUUUGUGAUACUGCAUGCAGAAGAUGACACAGAUGAGGCCCUCAGAGUCCAGAAUGUACUGCAAAAUGACUUUGGUAUCAGGCCGGGAAUGAUUUUUGCUGAGAUGCCGUGUGGAAGGCUGCAUUUGCAAAAUCUAGAUGAUGCGGUGAAUGGGUCUGCAUGGACAAUCUUGUUACUGACUGAGAACUUUUUAAGAGACACCUGGUGUAACUUCCAGUUCUACACAUCCCUGAUGAAUUCUGUGAACAGACAACACAAGUACAACUCUGUCAUACCCAUGCGGCCCCUGAACAGCCCUCUUUCUAGGGAAAGGACUCCCUUGGCCCUACAAACCAUCAAUGCCUUAGAGGAAGAGAGCCAAGGCUUUUCUACACAAGUGGGAAAAAUUUUCCAGGAAUCUGUGUAUGAGAGGCAACAAACUGUAUGGAAAGAGACACGAAAUGGGAUGCGAAGACAGUUUAUUGCCUGAGAUGAAGCACACACCCGGCUGGCUCCUGUUUUCUAAACAAAAUGAUUCAUCUUCACUUAAGAAAGCAGUUCUGACUCUACCCAGCAGGGUAUCAAAGCAGAUGCUGGGACUCAUAGCCAAACUCUGGGCAAAGUGCAGGGAAUCUUAUUAAAGAAGUGGGAGAUAGAAAUACCUGGAGGGAACAGGAGUUCCACAAGAAGAGCAACAGAACCAAAAAAAUCUGGCCACUGGGGUCUUUUCUGAGACUGAUAUUCCAAACAAGGACCAUGCAUGGAGAGAACCUAGCACCACUGCACAGAUGUAGCCCAUGGCAGCUCAGUAUCCAAGUGGGUACCCUAGUAAGGGGAACAGGGACUGUCUCUGACAUGAACUCAGUGGCUAUCUCUUUGGUCACCUCCCCCUGAGGAGGGAGCAGCCUUACCAAGUCACAGAAGAAGACAAUGCAGCCAGUCCUGAUGAGACCUGAUAGACUAGGGUCAGAGGGAAGGGGAAGAGGACCUCCCCUAUCAGUGGACUUGGGGGAGGGGCAUGGAAGGAGAAGGAGGGAGGGCAGGAUUGGGAGGGGAUGAGGAAGGGGGCUACAGCUGGGAUACAAAGUGAAUAAACUAUAAUUAAUAAAAAAAUAAAAAUUUUAAAAAGCAAUUUUUAAGAAAUGCUUAGAUGUUAGUGAGUCUGCUUUCAAGAAAUCUGUGGAGCACAAGAUAGGUACAUUCCUGCAGGCCUAGGACUAUGGAACUUUCUGAUGAUAAACUGAAUAUUCAUAGUUCAUGAAUAUUUUUAUCUCGUGUUGAGCCAUAAACAGGCAUGCAUGACAGACAUUUUCAAAAUAUGAUACUGAAAAUCGAAAGACAUGAAGAAAAUAGCUCUGGCCAUGAGAGGUCUGACCACCUUUUUUUCCUGCUUCCCUUAUGAUUAUCAAUUACCACAAAGCAUUCUUGCGCUGUCACCCAGAAAUAUGGGUGGCCAGGAUGGGACAUGUGCAGGGUUGAUGCAUAUUAGGAGGAGAUCAGAGGUAGAUGUCAGGGCCAGGCAAUGGUGGUGCAUGCCUUUAAUCCCAGUGCUCAGGAGGCAGAGGCAGGCACAGCUCUCUAAGUUUGAGGCUAGCGUGGUCUACAGCAUAGGUUCCAGGGCAGCUAGGACUACACAGAGAAACCCUAUCUCAAAAACAAAAACAAAGUGGAUGUCAGUAUGGUCAGGGUUUUGGAAACAAUCUAGCCACAUGUAGUUUUUGUGUCUGCUGGAAUUUGGAACCAGUUCCUACCAGGAAUUAGCAAUUCUUUUGAGAGUGUGGUAGCUAGGGAAUCUGUAGAGAUGGGCCUUGACCUUGUUAGUAGUCUUCUGUGACCCAGGCUUUAUUCACAGAGCCUGUGAAAAGUACGUGAAUCACAAGCUGUUUGCCUUUAAAAUCAGUAACCUCUCAUGUUAGCCUCUAGAAAGGCCCCUUUUACACAGUAUUUGACUCAGGGAAUAUAUAUUAUCAAGGAUGGUGUGACUGAGUAUGCACAUGUGUGUAUGCAUUGUGUGCUCACAUAUGUACGUGUGUGUGUUGUUAUGGGUUGAUUUUGAAGACUCGGGUAGAAGCAGAGAAUGUAUUUCUACCACCUCUGCUUUUAGGGCCUCGUGUAUAUAACAAUCCAGGGAGGGCCACGCAGACCUGUAACCUUUCCCUCCCAGAGCUUUAGCCCAUUUGAGACUGAAGCAGUGAGAACAAGCGCAGGCUGGGCAUGUGGCUAAGGAUGACUCAUGUCAAAUAAUGGGAAAGUGCCCAUCAGGGGCCAGGAGACCUAUUUGCAGUCCAAUCACUGCCACUAAGGAUGAAUGUGCCAGUGGGCAGCUAUUCUCCUUUGUCUGUGAAAUCAAAGGGUCAGAUUGAUGGAUCUCUAAAGGCGUUUGUCCUCUCCCAGGAUGGGAAAAAGUGAAGCCAGAAAGCAAUAAAGCAAAGUCUUAAAUUUUUAUGAGGUGAUGCAUAGUGUAAUCAUCGCAGAAGACAUAAUGCAUGCUUACAAUGAACAGAUAUUUUUGGAUAUCUGCAUCAUCAUUGAUAUUUAAUGCAGUCACAGAAAAAGAUUACUACACAUGCUUAUUCAGGUUUGGGGGUCUGGUUUUAUACAGGGUCUCAUUAUGUAUCUCUGGCUGGCUUGAAACUUGCUCUGUAGACCAGGAUAGCAUCAAACUCACAGAUCCACCUGCCUCUGCCCCGACAGUGCUGGGAUUAAAGAUGUGUGCCAGCACUCUCAGGUUUUUAAAAGAUAUAUAUUUUUAUAGAAACCCAGGAACAAAGACAUUCUUCCUAGUUUGUGUGUCUCCUGGUCUUUACUUCUCUGACUCCCAGAUGGCUACUGUUCACUUCCUCAUAGUCACAAGCCACUGUGCCCCACAAGGGUCCUGCCAGUCGACCUCGUGUUCAGUUCCCAGAGAAGGUGGUAGCUUUCAUGGCAUGUUCUCAACUUUCUGCAUCAUGGUAACUUACUUUUCAGCUUUAGUAAGUAUUCCUCCUUUAUGAUCAUUACCACAAUGCUUUCUAAAUCUCAAGUGUCAUGUAAUAAUAAAACAUUCACCACCCACCCUUCACAUGCCUGCCAAACUGGAAUUGAUGCUGGAUGGCAUUUCUUAAAUAAAUGUUUUUAUUCUUUGUGGUUGACUAACCAUCAUUCUCAUUCCAAUGAAGACUGUGGAAAAGUAUUCUGAGAAAUAUCAGUCUGUGCUCCUCAGCAUGGCACAGUGUC